AUGAAAAUGGGAAGUGCAUGAGGUGAGGCGAAAAAAGUACCUUCCAAUCCCUGCGCCUAACCAGCCACUAGGAUCAUUCAUCAGCUCCAUCUUCACCGAGUACUUCAAUCAAGCAGACAGUAUCUACUCUGCCUCGCCAAGAUAACCCUGAGGAUCAGUAUGAAGGACCAAGAAUGAAGUAGUAAACCCCACAUUUGCAUCGGACACCGAGGAGGAUUUCCCCCACUUUUGCCACUUUGGAGAAACCGGGCUGCACCGGAUAACCCGGAACAGAGGAGGCACAGCGGCGGCAGCAGCAGCAGCAGUGACGAGCGGGCCAGUGGGUUUAUUCGUUUGCCUUCAGGACAGCGGGAUAAUGGUGCACUGUGCGGGCUGCGAGAGGCCCAUCUUGGAGCGCUUUUUAUUGAACGUGCUGGACCGAGCUUGGCACGUCAAGUGUGUCCAGUGCUGUGAAUGCAAGUGCAACCUAACGGAGAAAUGCUUUUCCAGGGACGGCAAGCUUUAUUGCAAAAAUGACUUUUUCAGACGGUUUGGUACGAAAUGCGCCGGCUGCCUCCAGGGUAUCUCCCCGAGCGACCUCGUGCGGAAGGCGCGGAACAAGGUGUUCCACUUGAACUGUUUUACCUGUAUGGUCUGCAACAAGCAGCUUUCCACGGGGGAGGAAUUGUAUAUAAUUGAUGAAAACAAGUUUGUGUGUAAAGAAGAUUAUGUGAACACUUGCGCCAUUAAGGAAGUCAAUUUAAAUUCAGUGUCUUCGUGUACAGACAGAAGUUUAUCACCAGACCUCCAAGACCCCACAAACGAAGACACUAAGGAAACGGACAAUUCCACUUCUUCAGACAAGGAAACAAACAAUAAUGAGAACGAGGAGACGAACUCGACCACGAAGAGGAGAGGCCCGCGGACUACUAUUAAAGCGAAGCAGCUGGAGACGCUGAAGGCGGCCUUUACAGCCACCCCCAAACCUACCAGACACAUCCGGGAGCAACUGGCACAGGAGACCGGCCUCAACAUGAGAGUCAUCCAGGUGUGGUUCCAAAACCGGCGGUCCAAAGAGAGGCGAAUGAAACAGCUGAGCGCGCUGGGGGCACGGAGGCACGCCUUCUUCAGGAGCCCGCGGCGCAUGAGGCCGCUGGGCUCGCGGCUUGAUGAAUCCGAAAUUAUGGCGUCCGGGCCUUAUAACUACUACGGAGAAUACCAAGGAGAUUACUACGGGCCUCCUGGAAACUACGACUACUUCCCUCACGGCCCUCCCUCCUCGCAGGCUCAGUCCCCAGCCGACCCCAACUACCUUCCCGGAUCAGGACCUGGCCAGCUGGAGGGCCCUCUCUCAGGGCACCACCCCUCAGAAAACCAAAGGUACACGGACAUGAUCUCACACCCAGACACCCCUAGCCCCGAGCCGGGCCUCCCCGGGCCCCUGCACCCCAUCCCUGGGGAGGUGUUCAGCGGGGGCCCCAGCCCACCCUUCUCGGGCUACAAUGCCCCUCUGUCCCACCCAGGCCAGGAAAUGAGCGAAACCGCUGUGUGGUAGAGGCCUGCUCACACCAUUCUGGUAUUGCCAAGGAACUUUCUGAAUUUGUUUGAGAAAAAUAUCACAUCCGGACCUCUAUACCAAAAUAGAAAGUGAUAUGGAUCCUGAAGCAGUCCUGGACAGUCUGUGUGACGGUGGAGAGACAAGGACUGAGAUCACCUGCACAGUGGUGCUCCAUCAUCGCUGUAGCUUUCACAGGGAAUCAAGCUGUUCAUGCAGCCAUGCUGGGUCCUGGUUGCCUGUGUGAUUUCUGUUUAUUUUAUCAACAUGCUAUUCGACAAGUUCUCCCAAUGCGGAUGCUGUUUUCUGCACUCAAGUGUGGGAGACGCAGAGCAGCCCUAUGAUAGUCCAGUCGUUGUAUGUGUAUCAGAGUGGAGGAUGGGCGCUUAAUGGCCCACACCACAAGCGAGUGACUUAACCACUAUGCAAAAGAGCCAGGCUCAUGUGCAUUUGUGGUUAUAUAGUUUGUAACCGCACUGGCAGGGGUCCGUAUUGGUAACGGCAUCACACACACCACUGCCCGUUACACAUGGUUGUGGUCAUUUUGGUUCUAGCUACUCAGAAGGGUGAAAGAAAGAGUUGUAGUGUUCCUAGCCUAAACAAAUCAAUCAAUAAAAAUACAUAAUCUACACUGUAUUUUAAGUAAUAAUGAACCACACAAUCUCUAACUCAUCAUUUUCUGCACACUUUUCUGUAGGCACACAAAUAAAGUUCAAUCUUGAAUCACUACAGUAUUAAUCAACCAACAUUAUGACAAGCUCUAUGCUAGCACUUCUGUGUUUUUUCAGUGGCGAGUUAGCUCUGAGAUAGCUCUGUGAAGCUGUGUGUAUUAGCCCUGGGAUCGACAGCAACAGUGGUUUUGGUUAACUAAUAAUAAACCAUUACAGAAACUGAUCUGUAGUGUCACUGGGUAUAUUCAUGGAUACACUUGCUGCUUUUCAACAGUUAUUUUUCAGGGGUUCACAAAAUGCUGGAAAUAAAGGGUAGGUGUUUAACUGGGGUUCUGCAUUGGAACACCAGUACACCUGUGAAUUAUACAACAGGUUUCACCACUUUCAGUUUAUGACCAGCGGAGCUGAUGACACGCCGUGAUUGAGUGGGGUGGAGAUAUUGGUAUCCACAGUCAACAAUAGGAAAGCAUCAGGUAUGAUUGAAACCUGUUUCACUUGCUGUGAUUUUCCUUAUCUUGGAUGUCUCCGCCCUGGCUGCAUUUCGUCAGCCAUUGAACAUGACUCUCUUAAGCAGCAAACUCCCCACAACCUAGUGCCAGUUAACAGGUUCUGUGAUGUUUCAAUCAUGCUCAAAAAUAAAUGACUCCAACAGGCUAGUGAUUACAGUUUCUUACAGUAUUGUGUGAGCCCCUGAAAAAUAAAGGUUGAAAAGGAGCGUGUGUAUUGAAGGUGUUUCUUCAGCAGCAUUGUGUGCCACUCUCACUAUGAGCAGUCAGGUGUUGGGCCACUCCAUCUCAGGAGGAGCCGUCCAACCAAAUGGAGCGGGGUGGGGGGGUGGGGCUUCUAUUACCAGGUUAGUGUAGUUUAGUUACCAGUGCCAAAAACAUUAGUAUCCCGUUGCUAUUUCUAUCAGGAUCCCAGUGCCAUUGUCCCUCGUUGCACAAUGUGACAGAGGGGCUGUGCAACCAAAACUGACCUCCUUUCUGUGGCUCGUUCUUUUUAAUAGAAAAGAACAUUACAGUUAUUAUUCACAAUACCCUACAACAGCUGAUGCCUGCGCUGUGAAUGGCAGGAUUGUUUUCUUUUCUUUCAAAAAGAAAAAUACAGCAGCAUCUGGGAUAUAUCGCAUCACUCUGUCCUGAGAAAGUGCCGUACCGCCACCUGCUGGGGGUGUUUGGAAUAGAGGGAGAGUGUCCCCAUACAAGAGCUGUCUGCUCUCCUGCUCAAACUGUGUCUGAGUCACUCCUCGUACACAGAGCCAGUCAAGUAUUUGUUGUGCCAGUUAAAACAUGAUCCAGCAAGUUUGUAAGAAAGACAAGCAGUCCAACUGACGCUGAAGAAGGCCGUAGCCAAAUUGUUUAAAUUUGCUAUUGUGGAAAAAACAUCAGAGCUACACACACAUACACAACCGCAAACACUAUGAUGCAGGCUAUAAGUUCAUGGUAUCACUAAACACCUUUCCUUACAGAUUGGUCAUUCUAAAUGCCUUUCAACUGAGAUCCAAUCAUGUACCGGAUUCAACACAGGCCCCGCCCAUCUCCCCUCCCCCAGCUGUCCUGUUACCUGGGGUUUUAUUUCAACAGAAAGUUUGUAUCAUUUUUGGUUCAGCAGAAGAAAGUUUGUAUUUUUGUUUUUCAGAAGACCAGUUACUUGUAGAUUUCUUACUUUGUAUAAAAUACAGAUGAAAUAUAUCCUUGUUAUUUAUUGUCUGGUUCCAGUGUGCUCUGGAAUUGGGCCCGUGUGAAGGACAGGGGAUAGGCCAGUUCACCCAGCUCCUCCUAUACAUGUUACUGGUUUUGUUGUUUCAAUGUGAAUAAAACAUGUUUUAGUUAAA